UUUUUUGCAGUGCAGACCUCACAAUUCAAGUCACUGUUGGUGUUUAUAAAGUAAUUUCCUGAUAGUUCAUAAAGAAUUCAGUAUGCCAUCUGUUUUACUGAGGACUAGUAUUUUUAGAUAGCAUUUUCAGUAUUGAGUGAAACUGUAUCUCAACUCUUAUCUGAAGCACACAGAAAGAUCAGAGUUCAGAAACAAGCAAAACUGAUCAAGAAUCAAAUAUCACAUGAAUGACCUCAGUAAAACAGUGUGGAGAGAGAUAAAAUACUGCAGAAAUGAGGGUCGAUUUCACUGUAUGUGAUGUGUAAGGGCCUCUCCGCCAUCCAGUCCUCAUGCCUGGAAAAGGCAAAGGGUAUGAAAGUUAAACUCACUCACCUGGCCGAAAAACAAGAGUGGGUUCAUAAACACAGAACUGAAGAAAAGCCACCACAUGACCUGGAGACUUUGCUUAACAGCAAAAUGGGCAUUCAAGCUUUCCGAUGGUUCCUGUGUUCGGAAUUCAGUGAGGAGAACUUGGAGUUCUGGCUGGCAUGUGAAGACUACAAGAACUCAUCCGGGUCUAAACUGGCAUCCAAAGCCCAGAACAUCUACAACCGGUUCAUCAACCCAGAUGCUCCCCGUGAGGUGAAUCUGGACAGUGAGACCCGUGAGAUGUUAACGGACCUGAUGGAGACACCCACAGCCGAGACCUUUGAUGAAGCUCAGCACCGGAUCUUCACUCUGAUGGCUAAAGAUUCAUUCCCGCGUUUUCUGCGGUCCACUUACACUCAUUAGCCUCUCAAAGCCCUGUGAGACAGAACCUGUCACGAACCUUUCGGGUUAUAGAUGUGCUUCAUUACUUGUAUAAAUUUGCAUCAUUACUUAGCCUUUUAACUGCAGCCAGGUAGGAUGUAGUUUGGUUUAUGUAAAUGUUUGAUGGAUACUAAUCAUUGUCUUUGCCACAUGAGCACUAUUUUGUCAGUAGUCUCUCACGGGUCCUUUAUAUCUUUA